AGCAGCAGACUCUUAUUUCCAAUCAUUGGGCUCCAAAUGAUAAGGUCUAAAACGACUACAAGGAAAUCGCUGUUGUUUCUGCUCCCCGGGACACGAAUUUUCUGAGAAGAUGCCUACGACGAGGAAAACGUUGAUGUUUUUAUCAAGCUUUGCCUUGAGCCUCGCCUCUCUCGUUAUGAUUUGCUAUGUGCUGGGGACUCAGGGGUGGGUGCGCAGCACCGUCUCCGUCAGCGACCACUCCUCAAACGGCAGCAUUAUCGUCACCUACGGACUCUUCGGCGGCCUCAGCAACCAGCAACUGAGUCACGGAAUUGGACAAGACGACAAGGAAUUUAAAGUCCUAGACCUACUGAGCACGUCCUCCACCAAAACGCUGCACUCGGUGGUCAUCCUGACCCUGGCCCUCAGUCUGCUCACUUCGCUGCUGUGCUCCGGGUUCACCUUCUACAACAGCGUCAGCAACCCCUACCAGACGUUCCUGGGGCCCGUGGGGGUGUACACCUGGAGCGGCCUUGGCGCGUUCUUCACGCUGCUGACCAUGAUCCUGUUCGUGGCAAACACACAGUCCAACCGGCUCUCCGAAGCCCUGGUCGAGACGCUCUACUCGUUUUACCCGGCCUCCACCCACCGGGGCACCACCCACAGCUACGGGGUGUCCUUCUGGCUGCUGCUGCUCAUCAUCUGCCUGGACAUAGGCGCCUCCGUCAUCAUCGUGUUCUACCAGAAGGCGCGACACCAGCGGAAGCAGGAGCAGAGGAAGCCCAUGGAACACGCCCCCAGGGACGGGAUUCUGUUCUGAGGGCGCAGCCGCGUCUCCCGCUGGGCCUGCUUCCCGCGCCUCUCUGGACAACCGGCGCAGAGCAGCCGGCCCGGGACUGUCCCUCUGAUCCUCUUGUGUCCCGCCACACUGAGUUGCCGCUGCCCCCGACUCGGGAUCUUCCACGAGGUGGGGAGAUGCAGGGGAAGCGUCCAGUCCAUGCACCAAAACCCCCAGAAGCGUGAGGGCCCGGCUCCUCUUCCCCACGCACGCUCGGCUGUCACAGAGGCCUCACCGGGAGAAGCCCAGGGCCCCUCAGUG